CGGGCGGCGAUGGCGGCGCGGGGCUGAUGGCGGCGGCGGGGGCGGCGCUGCGCUGAGGGAGCGGCCCCGGUCCCGGUCCCGCCCGGCCUGACAUGGGCAACGAGGCCAGCCUGGAGGGCGGCGGCGACGACGGGCAGCUGCCGCCCGCCGCCGCCGCCGCCGCAGGGGCCCCGCCGCCGCCCGCCGCCGCCGCCGCGCCGCCUUCAGCACCGGGCGGCGGCGGACAGCUCCCGCCCGCCGCCGGGCCCAGCACACUGAGGAGACCAGAGCAGCUGGACCAGCGGUCAGCAUCGCCCUCCCUCGCACAGACUGCCCCCAGCUCCCAGAGCCCCCGGGAGAUGAGGGGCCGGGGCCAGCCCGCAGCAGCGGCGGAGGGGCCGCGGAGGACGCUGCAGGUGGACGGCAGGAGCCAGGGCUCGGGGAGGUCUCCCUCAGUGUCACCGGACCGGGGCAGCACUCCUACCUCUCCCUACUCCGUCCCGCAGAUUGCCCCCCUGCCCAGCAGCACCCUGUGUCCCAUCUGCAAGACGACAGAGCUCACCUCCUCCCCCGGCCAGCCGAACUUCAAUGCCUGUACUCAGUGUCACAGCAAGGUCUGCAACCAGUGUGGCUUCAACCCCAACCCACACCUCACCCAGGUGAAGGAAUGGCUGUGCUUGAACUGCCAGAUGCAGCGGGCCCUGGGGAUGGACAUGACCACCGCUCCUCGCUCCAAGAGCCAGCAGCAGCUGCACUCCCCCUCGCCAUCCCCCUCCCAGUCCCCAGCCAAGCACCCGCAACCCCCGGCUGCAGACAAGACCCCACCAGCCCCCCGCCCCCUGCCACAAGAGCAACCCAAACCUCAGCCCACAACGCCGCAGAGGGAACCGCACGUCCAAGGACAGCCAAAACCUCAGGAGGCGGCCAGGUCCUCCCCACAGCAUCAGGCCAGGUCCUCCCCACAGCAUCAGGCCAGGGCCUCCCCGCAGCAUCAGCAAGCCAAGCCUUCCCCCUCUGAGCAGAGAAAGACGGCAGGAGAUGCGGGGGCGAAGCCUGCUGCCCCGACCCCCGGGGCUGGAGCACCAGAGCAGCCCCAGGAGGGGCUCACGGGGAAGCUCUUUGGCUUCGGGGCAUCCCUCCUGACCCAGGCCAGCACGCUCAUGUCUGUCCAGCCAGAGGCCCCUGCUCCCAGCCAGCCGUCUCCUGGCAAAGUGCCUCCAAAAAUUGUCUUCAGCGAUGCCAGCAAAGAGGCUGGUCCCAAAGCCCCAGGGGCACAGGGCCGGGCUGGUGCCGCGCCGGCUGCGAAGCCGGGCAAACCGGAGCAGGGCGUCAAGCCAAAGGAAGUGCCGAAAGCAAGGGUCUUGUGCCCCCUCUGCAAGGCGGAGAUCAACGUGGGCUCCAGUGAGCCCCCCAACUACAACACCUGCACAACCUGCCACCAGCAGGUCUGCAACAUGUGUGGCUUCAACCCCACGCCUCACCUCGUGGAGAAGAACGAAUGGCUGUGCUUGAACUGCCAAACUCAGCGGCUCCUGGAAGGCAGCCUCGGCGACCCUGCCCCAAUGCCACUGCCUACCGCAAAGGCGCCAUCCACCGGCUCCCCGCGGCACCAGCCGCCCGCCGCCGGCCAGCAGCAGAGAGCGCCCACGCCGGCCCCCGUGCCCACCGAGCCAGCGGCACCCCCCGAGCAGCAGCCCUCGCCCGCCAGGAGCCUCCGGGCUGCUGAGCAGAGCCGGACCCCGAGCCCCGCCCCAGCGGAGAAGAAGCCCCAGCCGCCAGCAGAAAAGAAGCCCCCGGUGCUGGCAGAGGAAAAGCCCCUGCCCAAAGCUGCCCCAGAGCCUUCCAAAGCUCCUGAAAGCGUUGCUCCAAAGGGGAAGAGCGUGACCCCCAAACCAGAGGUGGAGAGCAAGGAGAGCAAAGCAUUCCCCGAGGCGCCGCGGGCGAAGGAGCAGGAGGACGGCAGCAAGCCUUACCACCCGGAGCUGUCCCGCAGCCCCCAGAGCCUCAGCGACACCGGCUACUCCUCCGACGGCAUCUCCAGCUCACAGAGCGAGAUCACCGGCCUGGUGCAGCAGGAAGAGGAGAAGCUGAGCAGCACCGGGCUGGCCGGGCAGAGCCCCCCCAGCCCCUCCGAGCUCACCAAGCUGGAGAGCAGCAUGCGGCCCCUCCUGGAAGGCCGGGGCGCACCCACAGAGUCCCCUGAGCGCAGCAAGAGCCGCACUGAGCCGCAGGAGGACCAGCGGCAACAGCAGCGGCCACGGUACCUCUCCAUCACCCCUGAAGCCUUUGACUCAGAUGAGGAGCUGGAGGACAUCCUGGAGGAGGAUGAGGAGUGGGAGAACCAGCGGGAGCGUCGGGAGAGUGCGGAGUCCUCAGAUGAGUUUGGCAGCAAGCUGCGGCAUGACUAUGUGGAGGACAGCAGUGAGGGGGGCUUCUCCCCAGUGCCCCCCAGGACCAAGGGCCAGGAGGCAGAGGUGACCGAUGAGGAGUUCAUGCGGAGACAGAUCCUGGAGAUGAGUGCUGAGGAGGACAACCUCGAGGAGGAGGAGGAAGGCUAUGGGCGCACCAAGUACAGCAUCCCCAAAGCUGGGCAGAAGACCGAGGCGGAGAAGGGCAAAGAGCCAGCGUCGGCCAAGCGGCGCCUGCCACAUGGUGCCAGCAGCAUGUACACCGAGGAGAGCAAGGAGGUAGAGGCAGUGGAGGGUGAUGACUUGAGCACGGCCCAGGGUGGGCUGCGGCGAUUCAAGACCAUCGAGCUGAACAGCACAACCGGCUAUGGCCGGGAGAUGGAAAUCAGCCAGGAGCCAGAUACCAGCGUGGACCGGGAGCCCGAGCUGGAGAUGGAGAGCCUGACAGGCUCCCCCGAGGAGCGCUCACGGGGCGAGUACUCCUCCACCCUCCCAGCCACAACACCUAGCUACACCUCGGGCACCUCACCCACCUCCAUCUCCUCGCUGGAGGAGGAUAGCGACAGCAGCCCCAGCCGCCGGCAGCGGCUGGAGGAGGUGAAGCAGCAGAGGAAAGCUCGGCAUCGCUCACACGGCCCCUUGCUGCCCACCAUUGAGGAUUCAUCCGAGGAGGAGGAGAUGCGGGAGGAAGAGGAGCUCCUGCGGGAGCAGGAGAAGAUGCGGGAGGUGGAGCAGCAGCGAAUCCGGAGCACAGCACGCAAGACCAAACGUGACAAGGAGGAGCUGAGGGCCCAGCGGAGGAGGGAGCGCUCCAAAACCCCCCCCAGCAAUCUCUCCCCCAUCGAAGAUGCCUCCCCCACAGAGGAGCUGCGACAGGCAGCGGAGAUGGAGGAGCUGCACCGCUCCUCCUGCUCCGAGUACUCGCCUUCCAUUGACUCAGAAGCAGAGAGCUUUGAUGCUGUGGCCUCCAAGCUGUACAAGUCUGGCAGCGAAUACAACCUGCCCACUUUCAUGUCACUGUACUCACCAACAGAGAAGGUGGAGAGUGGUGCCAGCCAGCCCAUCAGCAAGCCCCUGAAAAGCGCCGAGGAAGCCUAUGAGGAGAUGAUGAGGAAGGCAGAGAUGAUGCAGAAGCAGCAGGUCCAGCAGUCACAGCCUGCCUCUUUCUACAGCAGCACCUACCAGCAGAGUGGCUACCGCAGUACUGAGGGCCAGAACGGCUUUGACUACCAAUACGGUGAGGAAUACCGGUAUGACGGCAGCCUCACGCGCCCCGCCCAGCCCGACUAUGCCAGUACCCUGCCGAAGGCAGGAGCGGUGUACGAGGAGAUCCUGCAGACCUCGCAGAGCAUCUCCAGGAUGCACCAGUCCUCUUCCUUUGACCUGGCCCUCAAGCAGGGUGAGAAAGUGAAGGGGCAGGAGGAGGCGUACCAGGAGAAGCGCUUCCUCAACGCCGAGAGCGCCUACGCUGACCUGUUGAAGCAGAACGGUGGCCCGCUCACCCCUGGCACAAGCCCCACACAGCUCUCUGCUCCUGUCUCCUUUGCCAGCUCCAACAGCAGCACUGGCAAGACUAUUCCUGAUGUCCGGGUCACUCAGCAUUUUGCAAAAGAAGGACAAGACCUAGCCAAGCUCCAGAGUGCCCCAGCAGCACCCAGCUUAGCAUCCAAGGCUACCACCACUCCUUAUGCUUACAGCAAAGGCACCAGCACGGUGACAACAGCAGCAGGCAGCCCUGGGAGUGCACUGCAGAGCUACAGCUCACCAAGCCCAGAGGCCCCAUCCAUAGCUGAGAGAAGCUACACUCCAUCAAAGAGCACUGUCAGCUAUGGCUCACAGACCGAGGACACCACCAGAACCAGGACAGUGGAGAUCAGUGUGCAGACAGCCAGGGAGAAGAUCCCAGCUGCGAGUGACAGCAAGCCCACACUGCCCAAGACAUACACCUUCUUCAAGAGCUCCAGCCCCCCGCUCUCACCCACCUCACCCACACAGAGUCCCACCCGCACCACAAAGGCCACAGCAGAGUUUUCCACGCAGACACAGAGCCCAGUCCUCUCCUAUGAGGGUCCUUCUGCUGCUAGCCCGGACACCUCUUCCUCCAUGGUGGCACAGGGGACGCAAACACCGCACCGGGCGGGCUCACCACGCCUGACCCGGCAGGCCUCCUCUCAGGACUCCCCCUUCAUGGUGAUCACACUGGCGGCCGAUGCAGCCAGCCAAACCAAGCCAGUCAGCUCUGGGGCCCUGACAUCUCCCACUUCGUCCCCCACCAGGCCAAGCCGGCAGCUGCUGGCACAUGGUUACACGCAGACACGGGAGCCAGAGGAGCCAACAGGUGCCUACAUCAGGGCACAGCCAGUGAAGGACCACGCCCAGAAAGCACCUGCCGUGACUUCAGCUGCUGACGGCAUCACAGGGCUGUACAGCUGGGGAGCGCUCCCUGCAGAAAACAUCUCCCUCUGCCGCAUCUCCUCCAUCCCCGGCACGUCCCGGGUGGAGCCAGGGCCCAAGGUGCCAAGCAGCAAUGCCGUGGACUUACGGACCGCACUGAAGUCUGCCCCCAUCAUCAUAACAGACCAAGGCAUGGAUCUCACGUCCUUGGCUACUGAGGCCAGGAAGUACUGCCUGACCCUGGACCACAUCCCCAGCCGGCAGUCCACAGCCAUCCAGCCCUUGAUCAUCAACCUCAAUGCCCAGGAGCAGCCCCAUGCCAUCAUUGCAGCAGCCAGCACUGCUGGCCUGGCCAUCGCCUCUCCCAUGAUCCUCUCGCAGUCCAAGCAACCUGUGGUCUAUGGAGACCCUUUCCAGAGCCGUGUGGAUUUCGGGCAGGGGACCGGGAGCCCGGUGUGCUUGGCGCAGGUGAAGCAGGUGGAGCAGGGUGUCCAGACGGCCACUGUCAGAGCCAGUGGGGUGGCCAGUGGCAAGCCUGAGCCCACCGCUGCUCCCCAGACCAAAUUUGCAAGGUACGGCAUGCCAGGCCAGAUGGUGAAGAAGGAUGUGCUCCUCACACAGACCAGUGGGGCACAGAAUGCCAGCGGUGUCCCUCAGUCCUUCCCACCAGAGCCAGGAUCGGAGGUGUACCGGGCAGUGCCAGUAGAGCUGAAGAGCCAGAGCCCUCUCCUUGCCCUGGGUGGCAAGAAAUCCCAGGUGAUGAUGGUGCAGAUGGAGGAGGCAGCGACUGGCCCAGUGACCAAAGUGCUGAAGGAGGAGGUGCCAGCCAACGUCCUGGACCUCACUGGCGUGAAGCCGGAGAGCCAGGUGGCCUGCUGUGACAUGGUCUACAAGUUCCCCUUCGGUGGCAGCUGCACGGGUGCUUUCAACCCUACCUCCAAGAUGCCAGAGAAGAAAACCGGGGAGGCGGCAGUGAUGCCUGGUCGGAAAGCUGGUGGACCAAUGUAUGGCAGCAGAGAUCCAGAGCUGCCGGAAACCUUCCCUUACCGGGAGCAGCCGGCCCCAGCACCUGCGCUCUACGAGGAGCAGAAGUUUUACCCACCUAGCGCCUUCGGACGUCUCUACUCCUCCAUGUCAGACACAAACCUCUCUGAAAUCGGGAUGAGCUACUACCACACAAAGGGAGAUCAGCCCUUCCCUGCCGCAGCAGGUGAUGCCGCUGUGGACCUCAGCACCAUGAAGCACUCCUACAGCGUGGGCUUUGCUGAGGGGGGUUACCUCGGCCAAGGGCUACAAUAUGGCUCUUUUUCCGACCUCCGCCAACCAGGAGAGCUGUUGAACCACCCCUUCCCCAUGCGGAGGUACAGCUCGGCCUCCAACAUCUACUCAGACUACCGUUUCUCACACCGGGGGGACCUGGCCAGCUUCCAGGAGUCCAGCCUGGCCCACUACAGUGCCACCACGGCGCGUGAGAUCAGCCGCAUGUGUGCUGCCCUCAACUCCAUGGACCAGUACGGGGGCCGGCAUGCCAACGGCCCUGACGUGCUGCCUUAUGGCCCCAGCAGCGGGCAGGGGGGCACAGGGGGGCUGGCAGCUCAGCAGCAUGGCUCUGUACCCCCCAAACCCAGUGGGAUGUACAACCCCACCUUCCCCGAGGGACGGCAGGGCUUCAGCAACCUGGCACAGUACAACGUUCCCGGUGUCCGCCUGGGCGCCAUCCGGCAAAUGCUUCCUUCCACUGCAACUGUGCGGGCGGCUGACGGCAUGAUCUACUCCACCAUCAACACCCCCAUCGCCUCCACGCUGCCCAUCACCACCCAGCCAGCCUCCGUGCUGCGGCCCAUGCUGCGUGGGCUGUAUAGACCCUAUGGCCCAGGCGGCGUGGCAGCAGUUCCACUGGCCAGCUUGGGCAGGCUGCCAGUUGUCACCCCCCGUGUCCCACUUGCAGCACAGGGUCUCUACCGCUUCCCGGCCCCAAGCCGGCCAGCCCCAGCUGCCUCAAUGAUGGAGACACCUGUCUACCUGGGGAAGCCCGUCGCCAGCACAGCACCAGCAGCAGUGGGAGCUGCUCCCGCUCCCAAAGCACCUGCUGCCCCCGCUGCACCUGCCAGUGGCUUGCAGAGAGCAGAGCCGCCACCAGCUGCCCCCAGUGCAGAGGCACCAGCAGCACCAGCAGCCCCCAAGGAGAGCGGACCAGUGGCCACGGCACCCAAGCCACCACUGGAUGGAGCUCAGCGGGAGGAGCGGGAGCGGGAAGAGGAGCGUCAGCGCAAGCAGCAGGAGCACGUGCUGCAGCUGGAGCGGGAGCGCGUGGAGCUGGAGAAGCUGCGGCAGCUGCGGCUGCAGGAGGAGCUGGAGCGGGAGCGUGCAGAGCUGCAGCGGCACCGAGAGAAGGAGCAGAUGCUGGUGCAGCGGGAGCUGCAGGAGUUGCAGUGCAUCAAGCAGCAGGUGCUGCAGCAGCAGCAGGAGGAGCGGCAUGCACAGCUGGCGCUGCAACGGGAGCAGCUCGCCCAGCAGCGCCUCCAGCUCGAGCACAUCCACCAGCUCCAGCACCAGCUACAGCAGCAGCUGGAGGAGCAGAAGCGGCAGAAGACCAUCUUCCCCGCUCCCAUGGAGCCCACCGCCCGCCCACCCGAGGGGCCCGCUGAGGCGCCACGGGUGCUGCCGCACAAUGGGCAGGCGUGGCCCCCACAGGGCCAGACACCCCCAGAGGGGCCCGCCGGUCCUCGCUACCCUGUGCCACAGCGGCCACUCAGCAGCUCGGCCUCGGACAUGUCACUUCAAGUCGAGGAGUCCUGGGAGCCCGGCCGGGGCAUCAAGAAGAGGAACUCAAUGCCACGGCUGAGGGAUGCCUAUGAGAAGGAGACAUUUGCGGCACGGAAGAUGGCGGACAGCAGUGUGCAGACAGAUGAGGAGGACGGUGAGGAGCGGUACAUGCUGUCGCGGCGGCGCCGGACGCGGCGCAGCGCUGACUGCAGCGUGCAGACGGACGAGGAGGACAGCGGGGAGUGGGAGCAGCCCGUGCGCCGCCGGCGCUCCAGGGCCUCACGGCACUCUGAGGCCAGCACGGAGGGCAAGACGGACGGGGCAACCCGCACAGCCAGCGUGGGUAUCCAGACCAUCAGUGACUGCUCGGUGCAGACAGAGCCCGACCAGCUCCUCCGCGUCUCCCCCUCCAUUCACAUCACCACCCAUGACCCCCGAGUGGAGAUCGUGAAGUACAUCUCAGCCCCAGAGAAGACGCAGCGGGGUGAGAGCCUGGCCUGCCAGACAGAACCAGAGCCAGCUCCCCAACCUGGUGUCGUGGUCCCCCAGCUGACAGUGCCCACCACCAUCCCGCCCUACUCCACCAGCCUCCAAAUAGUGAGCACAGGCCCCCUGGACCCCCACACUGUCCGGCAGCAGACCCUGGGCAAGUUUGAGAAGAAAAAGCCAGAUCCCCUGGAAAUCGGUUACCAGUCCCAUCUGCCGGCCGAAUCCCUCUCCCAGCUGGUGACCCGCCAGCCACCCCGCUCUCCCCAGGUCCUCUACUCACCCGUCUCCCCCUUGUCCCCCCAUCGCCUCCUGGAGUCCUCCUUUGCCACCAGCGAGCGGCUGAACAAGGCCCACGUCCCCCCACAGAAGCACUUCACCACCGACUUAACUCAGCGCCAGCAGACGCUGCCGCGCCCCAUCAAGACCAUGCAGCGCUCCCUGUCCGACCCCAAGCCCAUCAGCCCCACCUCUGAGGAGGCUGGCAAGGACAGGUUCUCUCUCUACCAACACCCUCUGCUUCCCAGCUCACAGGUGGGGGGGCUGCAGUCAAGCUCACUGGCACGCAAGGUGAAGCGGACACUGCCCAGCCCACCACCUGAGGAGCCUCACGUCCCCCUGGCAAGCCCAGCUGCCUCUCAGCUCUACCUGAGCAGCCUGGCUCCUAAGGCCACCGCGCCUGUCACCAAGGCCAGCCUGCUGAAGGAGCUGGACCGCGACCUGAGGCUGGUGGAACACGAGGCCACCAAGCUGCGGAAGAAGCAGGCAGAGCUGGACGAGGAAGAGAAGGAGAUCGAUGCAAAGCUCAAGUACCUGGAGCUGGGCAUUACCCAGCGCAAGGAGUCACUGCUGAAGGAUCGGGUUGGUGGGCGGGACCACCCCUACCUGCGCUACCCCGGGGAUCGCCGCGACUACCUGUCAGACAGCGAGCUGCACAGCCUGCGCCUCGCCGCCUACGACAGCGCCGGCCUGCGCCCUGCUGGGCAGUACCCCGACUACACCGCUGCCGCUGCCGCCGCCGCCGCCUCCUAUGGCGCAUACCCAUACCCUGCCCCGCAGGGCCCCACUGCCUUCCCGCCACCACGCCUGCAGCACCCCCAGUACCCCACAGCCAGCACCUCACAGGAUGGCUUGCCGGCAGCUCCACUGCCCACCUUCACCGCUCCUGGUGGGUUCUCAGCCCCUGGCACCACAUACCCAGAGCUGGGCACCCCGGCCCAGCCAGGCUUCCAACCCCAACACCCCUACCAAGCCCCGAGCGCUUAUGCUGGGGCAGCCACCGUGCCAGCGGCACAGCCCACCCUCUACCAGAGCCCGGCAGACGUAGCUGGCACGCACCAGAAGCCACGGCAGACCUCUCUGGCUGACCUAGAACAGAAGAUCCCCACCAACUACGAGGUCAUCGGUGCAGCCACCAGCUCUUCCGCCGUGCCUGACGUCACCUUCAGCACUGCACCGGCCAGCGGUGGCUACGAGCAGUACAAGGCGCCUGAGACCCGGCCGGCUGAUAGAACCAGCACGGCACCAGGCCCCUCAGCCAGCUAUUCUUCUGAGUCCCUCUACACCAGUCUGGAGCAGAACAUCCCCCGUAACUAUGUGAUGAUCGAGGACAUCAGUGAGCUCACCAAGGAGAGUCCAGCAGUGGAUGGGCAGAAAGCAGAGCCGGUGGGCAUGAGCACCGAUAGCCGCCACAGCAGAGAGAAGAGUGAUCUAGGGGACACUGAGGGCUCCAGCCGUCCCUGCUGCUACACCAAAGCCGAGGAGGAGUCUGAGGAGGACAUCUAUGAUCACCAUGGCCCCGACCACCGUGGGAAGAACAGCUACUACCGGGGCACAGAAAGCAAUGGCAGGGUGUCAGGAAGCUCCACCAGCUCGAGCUACUACUAUGGGGACAGUGAGUACCGGCACUCCUCACGGAUGGACAAGCACAGCUCUGGCACACCACUACCGAAGCAUUCAUCCAAGAACCUGGCACCCGCCGUCAUCUCCUCCAAGCGCAGCAAGCACAGGAAGCAGGGCAUGGAGCAGAAGAUCUCCAAGUUCUCCCCCAUUGAAGAAGCCAAAGAUGUGGAGUCAGACCUGGCCUCCUACUCAACAACCACCUCGAUUGGCAGCAGCAACGUGGCCUCCAGGGCCAAGAAGCUGCAGGAUGAGAUCACCUACGGCCUGAAGAAGAACGUCUACGAGCAGCAGAAGUACUACGGUGUUUCCAGCCGGGAUCUGGUGGAUGAGGAGGAGAGGGUCUACUCUUCCAGCAGCAGAACCCGCUCCUCUGGCUAUGGGGUGGAAAAGUCCUCCAGCCGGGAGAUGGGUGGCCGGAGCAAGUCGUAUGAGCGGGAGAGCAUGGAGCGCUCCCAGAAAGUCAGCUCCAAGCCCUCAUCCCUCAGCAUGAGCCAGAGCCGUGGGCGGGCACCCAUGCGCUCGCAGCACUCGGAGGAGGAGAGCCCCGUCAGCCCCGUGGGGAAGUCAAUGGGGGGGUCACGCACUGUGGGAGGGCCAGGCCCCCAGUCAGCGGGGGAUCCCUGCUCCCAGUUCUGCUCCAGCCACUCGUUGCCUGAUGUGCAAAAGCACAUCAAAGACGUGCCAAGGAGUCACUCGUACAAGCACGAGGAGGGCUACGGCAUGGAUGAUGCCCAUUGCGUUGUCUCGGACAGCGAAGCCUAUCAUUUGGGUCAGGAGGAGACAGACUGGUUUGAUAAGCCCAGGGAGGCGCGGGCAGAGAGGGUCAGGCACUACGGUGGCCACUCUUCCUCGCAGAAGAGACCCCCAGUUAAGCACACCUACCACGAUUAUGACGAGCCCCCCGAUGAAGACCCAUGGCAGCACGACGACUACCCCCAGCACCGCGAGCACCGGCACCACAGGGAGUACGAUCGCCACGCUGGCUCCUCCCGGCACGCCAGCGACGAGCCGCCACGCCGCUCAUCAAAGCAGCACCCACGAGAAUCUGGCCGCCAUGAGCCCCGUGGCCAUGGGCCUUCAGCCGGCCCCAAGAAGGCGCAGCAGCCCGAGUCCCGCACGCCUUACGGCCCCAGCUCCGCCGAUUAUGCCCCAUCAUCCCGCCCUGCUGCUCACCACCAUGGCACUGAGACCCCCAAGGCACAGAAACCCUCCCAGCCGCAUGGGUCGGCCGCACCAGCGCCGAAGGCGGAGCCCCUCACACACCCACAGCAGCCAGCGGCCAGGCAGCAGCAGGCAGGGCAGCCGGCAGCGCGGCAGCAGCCAGCGGCACGCCAGGCUGCCCAGCCAGCGAGCUCGGCACAGCCUGAGACCAGGGGCAGGACACAGGGACCCCCCUCAGCCCGGCCAACGCAGCAGCAGCCAGGGCCAGCCCAGGCAGCAGGGAAGGCACCAGCCACGCUCCACGCGCAGCCGGGCGGACACCCAGCACCGGCGACAAAAGUGGAGCCAACAGACACAUCCAAACCUGCAGCAAAAGUGCCACAGCAGCCAGGGAGAGCGCCAACAGCACAGCCCCUGGGAGCAGCAGCAGACAGCAAGGCUGGUCCAAGGGCGGCCGGGCCACGUGGUCCCACGGGCAUGGCCACGGGGCAGCCUGGCGGGGAAGGAGAGAGCGUCUUCUCUAAAAUCCUGCCAGGGGGGGCAGCAGAACAAGCAGGCAAACUGACUGAAGCGGUGUCAGCUUUCGGCAAGAAGUUCACUUCAUUCUGGUGAGAGAACGGCACAAGGAGUUUGGGAAGUGAGUGGAGAUUUGAGUCGUUGCAGUGGAAAAACCUAUGAAGAAGCCAAUGAAUUCAGCACGCGGCGCCAGACUCUGAGUAUAACGCUUUUGAAAGCAGGGCGAUCCCUGGAUGCAGGACCAAACGGCGGCCUAGCAGGGGCCCGGCGGAUGCCCCGGGGCGGGUGCCCCCCACGCCUGGCGAGCAGCUCCGGCGCGGCACACGGCGAGCCCCGGCAGCUGCCCAGAGGGGAUGGGCCUGGUCCGGACCGUCGGGUCAGGCCCCGUAGGUGGGCUGCGGCCCUUUCUCAAGAUUAUACGCAGAGUUGCUCCCUCUGAACCCCAGCUCUGGCCUCUUCAUAGGUUUUUCCCCCCGCGAGCCGAGGGCUGGGCGCCGUGGGCGCCGCUCCUCCUUCCCGACCCCACCCGCCCCACGGGGGCCGUCCCCACGCCCCCUGCACUGCGGCCACCCCGGCCCCGCCGGGGAGCCCCGGAGCGCGUCAGCUAGGACCUAACACUGUUUCACUACCGAAAUACGAGGCCAUAGGACUCUGACAGGCGGCGCGGCCGGCUGGGCGCGUGUCCCGAAGCCAUUGGAAGCAUUGAAAGGGCCGCGCUCGCCCUCGCCACGCAGCCAGCGCGCCUGCCGCCGGGCACCCCUUUUCUUUCGAGAACAGCCUUAAUCAUCCCACUUUGAUUUCUGUGAUACCUCAUCCG